GGGUCUUUGCAGCCGGCCCCCUCAGUUGGUCCGGGGCGACGCUCAGAGCGAGGACACGGGAGGACAGCCCGCGCGGACACACGGUCACUCUGUAAUGGCUUAACGUUUGUCAGUGAAGGCUUGAGCUGCACUCCCUGGGGAAUAAAAGCAGUGUGGUGAAUACUUGGUGACGACUUCUCCUGCUGUGUAUACCAAGAUGGGGAGCGGAUUAUCGGCUCAUCGCUCUCUCUUCCCCUGCCUCCCUUCCUUCCAGGCUCUUCACAUUGUCAUUCUAGGACUUGACUGUGCAGGCAAGACCACCGUGCUGUAUCGCCUGCGUUUCAAUGAGUUUGUGAACACCGUCCCGACCAAAGGUUUUAACACAGAGAAGAUCGAAGUGCCAAUCAGCGGUAGCCGGCGGACAGUGUCCUUCCACUUCUGGGAUGUAGGUGGCCAGGAGAAGCUGCGGCCCCUGUGGCGAUCGUACACGCGCUGUGCCGACGGCAUUGUGUUCGUGGUGGACUCUGUGGAUACCGAGCGCAUCGAGGAGGCAAAGACGGAGCUGCACAAGAUCACGCGGCUGGCAGAGAACCAGGGCGUGCCGGUUCUGGUGGUGGCUAACAAGCAGGACCUGAGGAACUCGCUCAGUCUGGCCGAGAUGGAAAGCAUGCUGGCUCUGGGUGAGCUCAGCAAUGCCACACCCUGGCAUCUUCAACCAGCUUGUGCCAUCAUCGGCGAGGGACUGCAGGAAGGUCUGCAGAAGCUGAACGCCAUGAUCAUGAAGAGGAGAAAGACCUUGCGUCAACAGAAGAAAAAGAGAUGAUGUGCAUAGACUGGGAACUUAAAAAAAUGUGAGCUGGAUCAUAGGCUACAUGAGAACUACUGUCAGCUGCCUACAAUCUGCUGGUUCAUUGUGUUUGCCAUGAAAGAGACACAAAAAUUCCUGUCCAGUUAUUCGGCUGCCCCUUUGAAGUCUGAUUGGCCGAGUUCGAGCAUUCCAGUGGAACUGUUCAGGUCAGCCAGUGUUUGGCUCCCACAGAGGACAGUGGGAUUGAUUUUGCCCUGUGGACUUUGGAUGCCAACAUCCCUGUCAGCAGCAAGUCAUUUUAAAGCCAGUACAGUAUUAUGCUGUCGAGCAGCAAGCUGUGAAGUUUACACUGAAGUCUUUAAGAGGGACAAUGAGUUUGACUUGUCUGUUUUUACGAUAUUUGUUAAAACAUAUGCUGCUUCUCCGUUCAAAAACAAUUAGUCUUUAUAUUUUUAUUCCGUCGAAGCUUGUUUUGAGAUUGCAGGCAGGACCACGUCAGAAAAAAUUGAUCAAAGUUGCAUACGUCCAUAUAGCAAGGGUGGAAGGAGUACUGGAAGACUGUACUCAAGUCAAAGUACUGUUACUUUAAAGAAAUUCUACUCAAGUAGAAGUAAAAUUACUUGUGUGAAAAUGUACUCAGUCAAAAGUAAGUCAGUGGAAAUGUACUCUGAGUAAGGCUUACUGAGUUGCAUUUCUAAAUGAGUUGGGGGGGGGGCGGGGCUACAAAAUAAAGAGCUUUAAAAUAUCAAUGCAUAUAUGCCAUUCCUGGGUGAGAACCAUACCAAGCCCUUAUGUACAAUACAUUCUGUCUCUGUAGACAAGCACUUUGCAGCCUGUGCAUACAGGUGAUUAUCAAUUACAAAGCUUACUAGAAUUAACCACAAAAGAGGACAAAAAUGCAGACAUCUGAACAAAAAUGACCCACAAUAACUGUUAAGUACAGACACCACGGGGGGUGUCCAUAGAACUAAUGUAGUGGUAUUAAGCUACAGCCUGACACGUAUAUAGUAGAAACAGCAGAAUUAAGCAUUAGUGUGGCAGACAGUGCAGAGAUGUAGACAAUAUAAACUCCACAGCGGCAGCAGCCCACGAACGCAUUCGUUCCGUUUUUUCCACACAGUGUACUGCAUGCACACAGUCAUGCCUUGCCAGGCGGCACAGGGAUAGUCAAUGGUGUCCUCAAAUCAAUGAUUGGUUGUCAUACUCCCCUGUCUGCGUGUCAUUCUGCAAGCCGUGUGCGCCGUGACUUCCUACAUCUAGCAAAGUACAAAGCUUGACAUAAAAAAUACUUAACAGUAGAAUUACUGGUUUUUCAAAAUACUCCAAAAAGUACACAAAAAAUGACUUUGCUACAGUAACGAGAGUAAGUGUAACUUCGUACUUACAUCCCGGCAGUACAGUGACAGUAUUGUGUAGUGUUGCACUAUGGAAGUUCAGUCCAGAAGUUUACAUGAAGGUUAAUGCUGCUUCACUAAGUACAGGAUGCACAAUGACUGACACUCUUCAAAAUGGCUACAGAAAUAGCUACAGAAACUUUUUUUUUAUGGUUGGAUGGUAUCUUCCUGUGGCCACAUGGCAACGACAUGACAAGCCAAGAUAUUCUGAGCACAACCACAGCAGAAAAUGUUCAUCUACCUGACACGUUAGUACUACAUGCCAGGUUUCGUUGUCAGUCCCUCAGAAUGAAGACGAGCAUUUCUUGAAUGCUUCUCUUUAGAGUUGUCACUUUACUCCAACAUGAAAUGAAUAGCGGGCAGGGAGAGAGAGCCGGUUUCUUCACUGACAGUAGCCGCAAAAGACCAGAAUGCAGUGCAGACACACUGUGUUUUGACUACAAGGCUGGUAGAUUCUGUGUACCAGAACAGGACCCAUGUUGCAAAUAAUAAUUAAAAGUAACAGUAACAUUAAACCCAGUUUAAAAUGAUCAAGUAGAGGGAGAAAGGACCUAUAUAUAUUGCUUAUUAGAUUUGCUUAUUGCAGAUGUAUUGGUGUCAGUGUAAGCCAAUAAGUAACAGUGUCAGUGCAGAAAUGCCAAAGAAGUUUGAAGUAAUUUAGAAAAAGUUCGAAAAAAAAA